CCAACAUCCCCGGAUAAUCGUUGUUCUCGUGGUUGCUGAUUUCCACGUUGCGUCUUCAACACGUCUGAGCGUUUACCGACAAAGACACCAUGGUCAAUUUCACGAUCGAUCAGGUCCGUGGAAUCAUGGACAAGCGAGCCAACAUUCGCAACAUGUCGGUGAUAGCUCAUGUAGAUCACGGCAAGUCGACACUCACCGAUUCGCUCGUCUCGAAGGCAGGAAUCAUUGCCGACAAGAAGGCGGGGGACGCGCGCUACACCGACACCCGGAAGGACGAGCAGGAGCGCUGCAUCACCAUCAAGUCCACUGCGAUUUCGUUGUAUUACGAGAUGGCAGAGAAAGACUUGUCGUGGAUCACCCAGGAAAAGGUGGGAAACGGUUUUCUCAUCAACUUGAUCGACUCUCCAGGACACGUCGACUUUUCGUCCGAAGUGACGGCCGCACUGCGUGUGACUGAUGGCGCUCUUGUGGUGGUUGACUGCGUGAGCGGUGUAUGUGUCCAAACGGAGACUGUAUUACGCCAAGCCAUUGCCGAACGUAUCAAGCCUGUAGUCUUCAUGAACAAAAUGGAUCGCGCUCUCCUUGAGCUGCAACUUGAACAAGAAGAUCUCUACCAGACAUUCCAACGUAUCGUCGAGAGUGUCAACGUCAUCAUUGGCACAUACGGAGACGAAGAAGGACCAAUGGGCAACAUCUACAUCAACCCAACAAAUGGGACUGUUGGGUUUGGGUCAGGUCUGCAUGGCUGGGCAUUCACUCUGAAGCAGUUUGCUGAGAUGUAUUCUGAGAAGUUCAAGGUUGAUGUCAAGAAACUGAUGAAACGUUUGUGGGGCGACACGUUUUUCAAUCCCAAGACGAAGAAGUGGAGUGAAGGUGUCGCAUCAGAGGGGUCUGUUCGAGGAUUCAACCAGUUUGUUCUCGACCCCAUCUACAAGGUGUUUGACGCCGUGAUGAAUUUCAAGAAACCAGAAACGGCAAAACUGCUAGAAAAACUCAAUAUAAAGAUCAGCGGAGAUGACAAAGAAAAAGAAGGCAAACCGUUACUGAAGUUGAUGAUGCGGCAAUGGCUUCCUGCCGGCGAAACUCUGCUGCAAAUGAUUGCCAUUCAUCUACCAUCGCCGGUCACUGCCCAGAAGUAUCGAAUGGAAAUGCUGUAUGAAGGACCACAUGACGACGCGGCAGCAUUAGGCAUCAAGAACUGCGAUCCUGAGGCACCAUUGAUGUUGUAUGUGUCCAAGAUGGUGCCGACUCCGGAUCGUGGACGUUUCUAUGCUUUUGGUCGUGUGUUUUCUGGCAUCGUGCGUACGGGUCAGAAGGUUCGCAUUAUGGGACCGAACUAUGUGCCCGGGAAGAAGGAAGAUUUGUAUCAGAAAGGGAUCCAGAGAACCGUGUUGAUGAUGGGUCCGCGUGUUGAUCCUAUUGAGGACGUGCCAUGUGGUAACAUUGUGGGUCUUGUGGGCGUUGACCAGUAUAUUGUCAAGACAGGCACGAUUACAACCUUCGAGAAUGCUCACAAUUUGAGGGUCAUGAAGUUCUCAGUCUCCCCAGUUGUUCGAGUUGCCGUCGAAGCCAAGAAUCCCGGUGAUCUACCGAAACUCGUAGAAGGCCUAAAGCGUCUAGCAAAGAGCGACCCCAUGGUACAGUGCAUCAUCGCCGAGAGUGGAGAACACAUUAUUGCUGGUGCCGGUGAACUCCAUCUUGAGAUCUGUCUGAAAGACUUGGAAGAGGAUCAUGCCUGUAUUGCUUUAAAGAAAUCUGAUCCUGUAGUGUCAUACCGUGAGACAGUCCUCGAAGAGUCAAGUCAAAUGUGUUUAUCAAAGUCACCCAACAAGCACAACCGUCUCUUUAUGAAAGCCAGACCCAUGCCUGAUGGUCUCGCCGAAGCCAUUGACAAGGGAGACUGCAACCCUAGGGAUGAACCCAAGGGAAGAGCAAGAUUUUUGGCUGAGAAGUUUGAGUACGAUGUAACCGAAGCUCGAAAGAUUUGGUGUUUUGGGCCCGAAGGAACGGGACCGAAUAUCGUUGUUGAUUGUACAAAAGGAGUGCAGUAUCUCAACGAAAUCAAGGACUCCGUUGUGGCUGGUUUUCAAUGGGCAUCAAAGGAAGGUCCUCUCUGUGAAGAGAAUCUUCGUGGUGUGAGAUUCGACAUUCACGAUGUCACACUGCAUGCCGAUGCCAUUCAUCGCGGCGGCGGGCAGAUCAUUCCGACAGCUCGUCGUGUUUUGUACGCUUGCAUUCUGACGGCGCAGCCGCGUAUCUUUGAACCAGUCUACCUUUGUGAAAUACAGUGUCCAGAAGCAGCAGUCGGAGGCAUCUACGGUGUCCUGAACAGGCGAAGAGGUCACGUGUUUGAAGAAGGUCAAGUCCUCGGAACCCCAAUGUUCCAAGUCAAAGCCUACCUCCCAGUCAACGAGUCAUUCGGCUUCACAGCCGAUCUCCGCUCAAACACAGGCGGCCAAGCCUUCCCACAGUGUGUCUUUGAUCACUGGCAACAUCUCGGUGGUGAUCCCAUGGAGCCCGGAUCGAAGCCUGCAGACGUUGUGGCGGUGACAAGAAAGCGUAAGGGUCUACCUGAGGGUCUACCGCCACUCGAUAGGUACUUGGACAAGCUAUGAGAUGAGACUGGAAUUGUUUGUUUGUUUGCGAGUCUUUUACAGAAAUGUUAGUACGUACGUAUCUCAGCUUGGAUUUUCUGUCAAUAAAUUAUGAUAAACAUUUA